AGUUAUUGUUACUGAUUUUGUUGCUGAAUAAUAAAAACAAUGUAUAGAAGAAUAAAGAUUGUGUAUGUAAACAUAAUGUAAAUAUGUUGUAAUGUGUCACAACUACUGCCCUGAAAGUACAUUUUAGUAAACAGUUCCACGAACAACAGGCGAGGUCUUAAUGUUACCAAGUAAACAGGAAAACCGAUAAGUACACUCAGGAAAGAUUGUGCGAAACAAGAUAGGAAACAUUACACUGCUUCUUGCCUGCGGUUGCACAGCUCCUCUGCCCGUGUUAAUCCUUCCUCACUUUCAAAAUAGUGAAUCAGUUGUAAUCACAAUGGAAGCCACACUCCUGUGUAAAAUAGUUGCAUUUUGUUACUUAAAUCAGCCAGCUUUCUUUGAAUAUGACACGUCGUAUUACAGUGAUUCGCAGAAAUCUAUAAAAGGAAUAAUAAUUAAAAUUGCAAAGCUAGGUAAGUUUUUUUUUUUCUAUGACAGAGAAAAAAGGUUUUGCCGAGACUUAAACUUUCUGCACUAGAAUGUCUGCAUGCCGAACUGAAAGUAAGAAAAGUUGGUAACAAGAAAUGUGCAUAACAAGAGAUGUUGGUAUCAGUAUCGCACAUCGCCCAGCCCUAUAAUAUACUAAGCAAAAUACCCCCGACUCGCAUUGUGAUGUUAUUUGGCUCUGGUACCAGUUUUUAUGGCAGUGAAAGUGAGGUGGAAAAGUGCCCUUAAUUUAACAGAGACACUAAUUAUUUCAGUAAAAGGUCAGGUCAGGUCAGGUUGAGGAGCAUGAACUAGUACAGUGCAUUGCCUCAUCCAACACACAAUCAAACACCUCCUGGUUGGAAACCCCCGAGGUCGACUCGCAGUCCAGUCCCUCCCUCCAGAAAUGGCCGUCUGUCUGCUGCAGCCAGGUGUUACUUGGGCGUCCCCCAGGCCUGGUCCAGCCGCUCGGGUCCUCAGCAAUGAGGAUCCUGAGAGCCGGAUCACCCUCAGGGAAUCGCGUCACAUGGUCACCGUGUCAUGACUGACGCUUCUUCACAAUGCAGGUAAUGUGCCUCAUUCAGGAGUCCCUGAAAAACUGCUCGUCUGACAUAAAGACAUAAAGUCAAACCAGUGGUACCCAAGGAUUCUCCGAAGAGACACAGUACCAAAGGGGUUCAGUCUUCGUCUCAAGUUACUGGGUAGCAUCCAUCUCGCAGCCAUAGAACAAAACACGGCGGACCAGGACUCUAAAAAUGUGGACCUUCAUCCUCUUACAAUGAUAUCGAGAGCACCACACAAUGACCCCCCCCCCCCAUGCUCUCCCAAUCCAUCUACUGACUUCAUAGGAAGAGUCACCAGAAACAUUAAUGUCACUGCUGAGGUAAGUGAGCCUUUUCUCUGCAGAUAGACACACUGCUGAUGGCUGUGGCCAAGACGUCAUUAAAGACUCGGAUCUUGCUUUUUAUCCAGGACUCUCGUAAGCCCAGACACUAAUACUCUCAAGAAUCCAGAUCAAACCCUCCAUUGACUCCGUGAAGAUCACGGCAUUUGUUGGCAAAGUUAUGAUCAGUGAAUCUUUCUUCACCAACAGAUGUCCCUUAGCUGCUUGACCCCACAACCAUUCCCAACACCCAAUCCAUGCAAGCAAAGAACAGAAUAGGAGCAAGAACACACCCCUGAUGAACCGUAGAAUCAACUGGGAAGGUUCUGCCUCCACUCUGCACAGUACUCUCCAACCUCCAGGCCAGCCAUGAUGUCCAGUAACUUCGUAAAUCAAUACAGGAUUUAUAAAUAUUUCCAGUUGAUUAUUUGGAAAAUGACAACUUAAUAAUAUUUUUUUUGCCUAAAAUACAAUUUCUUUAUACAGGGGUUGAACAAUUAAACUGAACCACCUGGUUUUAGACCACAAUAAUUAUUACCAUGGUGUAAGGCCUCCUUUUGUGACCAAUACAGCAUCAAUUCAUCUUUGGAAUAAUAGAUAUAAGUCCUGCACAGUGGCCAGAGGAAUUUUGAGCCGUUCCUCUUGCAGAACAGUGACCAUGCUGGUGGAGGAAAUACGUUUUCUGAGUUGCUUCUCCAAAACACCCCAAAGUGGCUCAAUAAUAUUCAGGCCAUGAGAAAUAUUCAACUUUACUUUCAUGUUCACCUGUCUUGCUAUGUGUAUUGGUACACUAUAAUCCUGAUGAAUGGCAUUGCCUUCUGGGUACGAUGUUUGAACCACAAGCUGAACCUGGCCCUCCAGACUGGUUUGGUAAUCCUUGCAAGUGACACACCCAUCUAGAAUAGGUGGUACAAUUAGGGGAUGCCAUGGUUUUGCAGCCCAAACCAUCACUGAUCCACCCCCCGUGCUCCACUCUGGGUACGCAGUCCAGGUCAUAAGCACCUUUGGAGCUUCUCCAAACCAUAACUCUACCGGAUGUGGGAAAGACAGUGAAGAUGGAUUCAUCAGAGAACGAUGUCCACGCUGUCCACAGCCCCUGAUUUGCACUGCUGCCAUUGAAACCGACGUUUGGCAUUGGCAAGAGCAGGGCCACCGUAAAGGGGGGGAACGCUAGGAUGAUUCCAAGUGCCCCUGAGUGAGAGGGGUCCUAAAAUAUUUGGCCCAGUGUGAUAGUCUUUCAUGGGGCCCAAAAUCUCUAGCAGCACCCCUGGGCAGAGUGUGGCGUCUGAUCCACCGUUUGGCUAUAGCAGACCAACCAUAAAUAUUCACCUCGUGAAGCUCCUGACAAACAGUUUUGGUGGAAACAGGUGAGCUGUGCUGUGCAUUUAAUUCGUAGUCAAGCAGCUGUGGUUUAAUGUUUUUUGGAUACAAUCUGCGUUAGUUCCCAGAUGUCCCUUUCACACAGCUUCCUCUUGCAUCCACAGUUACUCCUGUUGGAUGUGGACCCUCAUCUUACCCUGGAGACCGUGGCUCUCGAUCCACCACAAAGACUUGCCAUCCUGGUCACAGAUGCACCAGGCUUCAACUUCCAGUGCCCCCACGGAGAGCUGCUGGUGGCCGUGAGGAGCUACUUCAGCGCAGCGGAAGGUUCUGACCGCCUGUGGACCUUUGAAUGCCAGCCGCCCCCCCAUUACUUGGGAGAGCCCACUGAGUGCUGGUGGGAUGACAUCAACCGUGCCGGCAUGGAAUGGUUCUCCGUGUGCUCCAAAAAUGCCAUGGUUGCUGGGGUUCAAAGUCAGUACUUCAGUUCAGUUUUGGACCGCGAGUGGCAGUUCUACUGUUGCAGAUAUGGCCGCCGAUGUCCCUAUUCCUGCUGGAGGACUACUGACGUUCCUGAAUACUACAGGGAGGAGGGAGACAUGACGGUGCCAGGCUAUGGAUAUUUUAUCAGGGGGGCGCAAACCACCUUCAGUGGUGUUCUCAGAGAUCGGCAGUGGAAGUACAUCGUAUGCAGGAUUACAGAUUUUGAUUGUGAAUUUGAGAACUUCUAAUGUGGCUCAACAGUGGGAAGAAGCUUUUCUGUAUGUUUGCCAGCCGGUAAACUACAGAAGAAUGCAAAUAUACUGAUUUUUAAAAUAUCUUACCGCUAAAUGUUUAUCAUGUAUAGAAAUUUACAUCAGCUGCAAAAUAUGCAUAAAAUACACGUACAUUUUUUGCAUAAAAAUGGAAUAUCGGGAACAUUACAGUGAUCCAUAUAUAUACAGUAUAAUAUGAUGGUGUCUUAUAACAAAUAUUGACAUAUUAAUAACAGUUUAUUGCAGAAAAAUGUACUUAUUCCACUAAAGUUAUUCAUCCAUCUAAAAAAUUUGUACUUUAAUGUGUAAUUCAGCUGUGAGUAUGACACUGACAUGUUUAAUAUCUUAUAAAAAAUCUGUUUCUGAAAAACUUGUAAAUUUACAAAAACCUGUAAAUUCUAUUAAAAAAGGGUACUCUGACUCCUUAAAUACAUUUCAGAUUUUUUAUCUUUUCUAUUGCCAUAGCUAUUCUCUAUGCACAAACUUGCACCAAGAAUUUUACUUGGUAUGAGAGGUGCAGCCGUAAGGACAGACAGACAUGGCUAUGCUGGCAAAAUACAAUAAAAAUAGCUAAUCCGAAGUCUUAAAAUAUACACAGUACUUACACAAAGUCUUGGGACACUUGGUUAAUAAUUUUAAAAUGUUACAAAUGUAAUGGUUUCAUAAAAAGUGCUUGGACAAGCAAUGUUUAACAUAUCUGCAUAUGUCUUCUUUUUAUUAACUGUCAUACUUUUUCUGACUGACUCCUUCGCUUCUUUUCUUGCUGCUAUUGAUUGCAAUUGUGGUCACUGGCUCCCAAAGCGACACUAAACACGAA